CCCACCCACCCAUGAUGCUCUCCGCCAUGCAGCACAUGGACUCCUCCGCCUACGCGUCCCCCUCGUCAGCCUCACCAUGGCAGCAGCUCCUCCCGGCACAGCGCGGCCACCUGCCGUCCUCCGCCCCCACCACGGCGCACCAGCUGCAGCCAGGGCACCGGGCGGCACGCCGCAUCGCAAAGCGCCGCCCGCGCCCGUCGCGGCGGCUGCCCACGACCUACAUCAGCGCCGACCCGGCAGAGUUCCGCCGCAUGGUGCACCAGGUCACGGGCGCCGACGAGGCCCCGCCACCGCCACAGCACCAGCAGCAGCAGAUGGCGGCGGAGCCCCUCCUCCUGCACGCGCUCGCCGGCCGCUUGGCCGCCGGGGGAGCCGACCGCGCGAUGAUGCUGCCGACGCUGGACACGUCGGCGUUCCUGCUCGGCGGCCGCAUGGAUCGGCCGGCCGAGGCGCGGACGGAUGCGCUGCCGCCGUGCGACGCCGGCUCGAUCGCGCUGGACAACAACACUGGCGGCACCAGCCACUGUGGGUUCCCGACCUUGGAGUCGUGGGAUCUUCUCUGAAUCCCGGUCCCUCCUCUCUGCUCUGUUCUGAGCACAUCCGUGAUGCUUCUCGCUCUGGGCUCUGGCUGCAAGAGUUUGCAACUCGUAAUAUCUUAAUUAUUGGCAAGUGGCAAGCAUCUCUGCUUGUAGACUCUAGUGCUGUUAAUCCGAGAUCAAUUACUUCGCUUUCGCUAAUUAACAGUUGCACGAGA